CGGAGGAAGCGUACGCCGCACUUCUUUACGUCUCCAUGCAGAGGACACGUAUAGGUAAUUUACGUUUUCACCAGCGAGAGGCGGAAUCUAUCGAGCGGCCGAGGAGGCUUGAAGCGAGUGCGGACGGCUGAGAUCUCGCCCGUCGGACCGCGUCGUUCGUCUUCGCGAUUCUUCUUCGUCCUCCCAGAUUUCAAAAAAAAAAAGAGGAACCAGAGGCGAAACCCUAACCCUAGCGGGGCCGAGCGGAGAGCCGCCAUGGAGGAGGACGCGGAGGGGAUGGACCGGUUCGACAUGGACGGGGAUUUCGAGGGUGGGAGGUUCGGCCGCGAUGGGGAGUUCUACUACAAGGCCCGCCGGGAGCGCGCGCCGCAGACCCGGGACGACGCCAUCUACGGGGUGUUCGCAGAGGGCGACUCCGACUACGAUUCCGAUGACGACGAAGGGUCCCGCCGCCGCGGCCGUCGAAAGCGCCGCAGGGACGGCGCCGAACCGGACCUCACCAAGCCCGUCCAGUUCGUCUCCACCGGCAAGUUCAUGCCCACCCAGGAGCCCGAGCCCGAGCAGAGGCCGGGACUCGGGAGCGCGUCUUCCGCCAAGGAGGAGGAGGCGGAGGAAGAGGAGCAGGACGAGGAGGAGGACACCGAGAUGCUGCCGUCGAUGUUCGGGAAGAUCAAGGAGGGCGCCCGCGCGAGGCGGGAGGAGAAGGAGCGGGAGCGCGUCGCCGCCGAGCGCCGCCGCCAGGUAGCAGGGGUGGGGGCGGGGGCGCCGGCAGCGGCCCCGGGGAGCCUGCAGGCCAACUCCAAGGUGGCCAAGAUGAUGGAGAUGAUGGGGUACAAGAAGGGCAUGGGCCUCGGCAAGAACGAGCAGGGGAUGGUCACGCCGCUGCAGAGCACCUUGCGCCCUAAGAACGCCGGCCUUGGCAGUGUCGAGGGUUUUAAGGAGCCCAAGCCCAUGGUGGCUAAGGAGAACCUGCCGGCCCCACCACCUCCACCGGCGUCUGCCAAGAAAGAGCAGCGGCCAUGGUCAAAGAAGGCCAGCGCGAGGAAAGCUCCGGUCUUGACGAAGAAUGAGCUGCUGGCCAUGCGUGCCGAGCAGGAGCAGGACAAGCAGCCUGUGGUUGUGCAGAAGGUGAUUGACAUGCGAGGGCCGCAGGCGCGUGUGCUGACAGACUUGAAGGGGCUCAAUAUUGAACAGGAGAUGGAGGCUAAUGACGUACCGAUGCCAGAGCUGCAGUACAACGUGCGGCUGCUUGUUGAUGAGGCUAAGGCUGAUAUUGUGAGGUUGGACGGGCAGCUACGGCGGGAGCAGGAGAAGGUGGCUAGCUUGGUGCGGGAGAAGGAGAAAGUGUCGAAGCAGGAGACGUUGCAGAAACGCCAGCUGCAGGUGAUGGAGAGGAUUGCAGAGACACUAGACCAGGUCCGCAUGGAUGAGACAGCUGGCAUGCUCACUCUGGAUGGGUUGCUUCAGACAUUCCAGGGCUUGAAGGUGCGCUUUGAGGAGGAGUUCAAGAUGUGUAGCAUUGCAUGGAUUGCUUGCCGAUUUGCGCAUCCACUGCUAAUCCGGGUCUUCCAGGGGUGGCAGCCUCUGCAGGAUCCGAAGUUUGGGUUGGAUGUCAUGAAAAAGUGGAAGCACUUGCUGCAGGGGGACCAACCCUAUGACUUCUCCGAUGGGGCUGCAUCAAUGGGGCCAUAUGUGCAGCUUGUUAGUGAGGUCAUCCUUCCAGCUGUGAGGAUAUCCGGAACCAAUUCAUGGGAGGCAAGGGUUCCAGAACCAAUGCUCUGCUUUCUUGAGUUAUGGGAUAAGGAGCAGUUGCUGCCUCCUAUUGUGCUUCAAUCAAUACUAGAGCAUGUGAUCAUGCCAAAGCUCUCAGCUGCCGUGGAUUCUUGGGACCCACGCAGGGAGAAUGUACCAAUACAUGUGUGGGUACACCCAUGGUUGCCGAUGCUAAGGGAAAGGAUAGAGACCUUGUGCCAUUCUAUUCGGUACAAGCUGAGCAGUGUACUCCACGUAUGGCAAGCACAUGAUUCAUCAGCUUAUGCUGUGUUGUCUCCAUGGAAGGAUGUGUUUGAUUCUGCGAGCUGGGAAGACCUGAUUGUGCGUUAUAUCAUUCCUAAACUGAGAUUGGCACUGCAAGAGUUCCAGAUCAACCCAGCAAACCAGAAGCUGGAUCAGUUCAACUGGGUGAUGAUGUGGGCAUCUGCAAUACCAGUACACCAUAUGGUUCACAUAUUGGAAAUUGAUUUGUUCAGCAAGUGGCAGCAGGUCCUAUACCAUUGGUUGUGCUCACCAAAUCCUGAUUUCAAUGAGAUAAUGAACUGGUAUAAGGGCUGGAAGGGCCUUUUUCCACCUGAGUUGCUCGCCAAUGAGCGCAUACGGAUGCUUCUAACCGCUGGUCUUGACAUGAUGAACCAAGCUGCGGAAGGACUAGAGGUGGUGCAGCCUGGGGCUAGGGAGAAUGUGGGCUACUUGAGAGCAACUGAGAAGCGGCAGUUUGAUGCAGCACAGCAAGCUUACCAUGCUGUGCCAGGGGCAGCCAUGGCAGAUUUGAGUUUCAAGGAGUCUAUCCAGGCAUAUGCAAUGGAGCAAGGUCUGCUGUUUAUGCCUAGAGUUGGUAAGUUCUACAAUGGCAUGCCGGUGUAUGAGUUUGGCACUGUAAGUGUUUGCAUAGACUCUGUGAAGCGACUACUGUAUGCACAACUUCAAGAGGGAAUUGAGAGAUGGAGUGCUGUAACUCUUACUCAGUUGAUGGAAAUGAAUCGGAUGGGGAGACCACGCUAGUAGAUCACCUAGGCUUGGAGUUUUAUGGCAUUUUGAUACUUUAUAUUUUCUUUCCUGUUGUGUAAAACUAUUCAGAGAUGUCAAUUCAUGAGCUUUUUUUUUAACAAUCACUGUUUAGGAAAAGUGGGUUUGAUGAUGUAUAUCUGAACGGGUUGGACAGCUGCUGUGCGUCUCAGUACGUUGCUUAUAUUUAAGCUGAUGCCAUCAAUACGAUUUCCGGUGCUCUUCUAAA